AUGAUAGCUUUGCUCCAAUACGAACUGAAACGGACAAAUGAGAGGUUUAAAGGUAAAGAGUGUGAAGUUGCGCUCCUUCGAGCCCAGUUGAAGGGGAUUACCAACUCUCAAUUAACAGGUUCUCAGUUAACAGGUUCUCAAUUAACUAGUUCCCAAGUGCAGGGCCGUCGAAUCGGUCCUGAUGCGAAGCAGGAGCUGAAACAAUUGAAAAGUGAGGUGUCGAAGCGCAACACGCAACUUGAAGCGCUGAACAAAUCCGCGAGACUCAAGCGGGAGAGACUCGCGGGGCUGGAACGCUCGAUUGUGGACCGUGAAGCUGCUUUCAAGCAGCGGCAGCAGGAGUGGGAAAAGCAACUUGAGGAUCUGCAAGAAAAGGUGGUGGCAAUUGACCGAGAAUUCACCAGCAAGCAAAACGAAGUAAUGCUGCUCCAAAGCGUUCUAACGAUCCAAGAGGAGUCCAGCAAGCAGCUGCAGACCAAACAUGCAGAACUUGACGUGAGGGUGAUAGGGUCUCACAAAAUAUUGCAAGAGGAAGCUGUCAAACUCCGUGACUUAGAACACUCUGUGGAAACUGAACGAGCCAAGAGAGACAGCCUGAAGACACAAAUUGCAACACUUAAACACACAGCCCAGGACCUUGACGCACACGUGUCUCAAUUACACGCGGAACUCGCACAUGCCGAACAAUUGCGGGAGGAACAAUUAAGGAUGGAACAACCACAGCAUUCAAGGCAGCUUGACAAAAUUAUCGUACCAGAAAGGCCAUCGCGUCUGGCGGCGGAAAUAAGUCAGCAAAAGAAGAUAUUGAAGCACCUUCGUCUUUGUGUUGAGCAGUGCCGUGAAGAGUUACUCAGACACAAGCCUACUUGUAGCGUUAUUGGUUUUGGUAAGGCUACCAACGGUGCAGUCUCCAACAGUGCAGCCUCCAACAGUGCAGUCUCCAACAGUGCAGUCUCCAACAGCGCGAUCUCCGUUGAGGAUUUCAUUCUUCCUGAAAAGGGGUCCGUUCAGGAAGAGACCGUUCCGAAAAAGGCCGGCCCCCCUCGACCGGCUACCGAUUCCGAUCCGGAGGCCGGCCCCGCUGAAACCGCGUCAUGUAUGUCAGAACCUCACCCGGGUCGCGCAAGGUUAAGUUCUGACGGUCGUAUUGAGCGUGGAAGAACACACUCGUGUGUUUAG